AAGUGAUGAAAAUGUCGACGGAAAAACGAUUUGCUUCGUGAACAGCAUAACAAUCAAUCUGGUGGUAUCUUUGGAAUAUCAAAACUCAUGCGUCUUCAUCCCGUACAUCCAACCUUAUCCAUUCGACCUUAUUCAAAUCAUUUGCCUUCACCAGCCCUCUUUACACCUCCAGCAAUCCUAGCCGCACCGUCCUCAAUGCUGGUCGUUGCAUCCGCGAUCCCUCGAGCAACAGGCCUUCCUGCGCUGCCCGUCGCACCCUCAAGUGUUUCGCCUACACCUCGUCCUAGAGCUCCGACAACACCGCCAACCGUAUUUGUAACGCCGCCAACCGUGUUACCAACUGUCGAUGUGACAAACUUGACGCCGGAUGUCACGCCGGAUUCUUGCUGACCGAUAGGCAUCGUGGUGACUUAUUUAGAUCGGCGCUUUCGCCUUGCUUUCGGGGCAAAGAUAUGGUAUACGUUGAUUCGUGGUCUAGUUUGCGAGCUUUUCUUUCCUCG